CACUAUGUGGUGUUCGUCGUUCCACGACCUGUGUAAUCAUUUCGAGUUCGAUGGCAGAAACGACAGAGAGCAAGAAGAUUGCAUUUCUCCUGUAUAAACUUCUGUGUUCCAUGCUUACUGCAAGGUUUUGGUGGAAGGCCUGCAUUAGAAACUUAUUUUGUGUUUCAGCAACUUCUAUCUGUGCCAGUCGAACCUUCACAAUAAUGGAUAGUGGCGUCUGUCAAGGUGACAGGCAUACCAUGGAAUUGUUCUACACUCUCACUUCAAAACCUGCACAUCAAGACGGUAUCAGAUUGACAAAUUCCUCCAUACCGCACUGCCAGGCGCUCCAGACUCCUGAAACCGUGGAAUAAUUGUGUUAUACUCGAUACAAAUCUGCAAGGCUAUUAAUACUCUCCAGAAGAACUCACAGCCUUAUGUCGUGGAAGUUGGAACUAGGGUUAUGGUGACAGACUUGGCCACAAUAUGUAUGUGUAUAUAUAUGUGUGUGUGAGUGUGUAUAUGUAUGUAUGUAUAAAGCACUGAUGAACCACGCACUCUUUUUCGUAGUAAGUCACCGUGGACGAGUCACGGACGACGAGGUUUCUAAAGCCCGAUCGCGUUGCAUACUCGUAGCCCUGCAUGUGCUCGUUCAAUCUGUCGCAAAUCUGACAUGAUAUGUUAAGUGACUAGUGUCUGAAUUCUUUCUGAUAGACGGUACGGAUCGUAGACGACUCUAGGGGUGAUGGCGACGUCAUUUGCUGCUAGCUUGGGCUGUUAUGCCUGUGUGCUUGUAAUUCUGAUGACUGUUGCAGAUUGAGGAGUGUUUGGAAUUCGCGACCUAGGAUUCUUGGUGAGCUCAAAAACGGCCGUAAAUAUUUCAUCGGAGAUGUUGGCUCUGAUUCCAGCUCUGGUCAUAUUCGGGGAUUCCACCGUGGAUGCAGGCAACAAUAACUACUUGACAACCAUCGCCACAGCCAACUUCGUGCCUCACGGCGAAAACUUCGAGGGGGUGAGCCCACCGGCUGCUUCUGCAAUGCACUCCUUACACCGGAUUUUAUUGGGUUCAAGUAUGGGAGACAAGGAUGAUGCGGGACAGGUGACCUUGAAUCGGCACAUCUGUGUAACAGAGCUGUGCCAUCUUGCAGCAAUCCGAACGAGCAUCUCUUCUGGGACAGCUUUCAUCCCACUUCCCACUUCCACAGCCAGUUAGCCGACUGCAUGGUCGAUUCAGUAGUACCCAUUCUUCUCGCCCCGCCCACACCCUAGAUUCCCAAACAAACUCUCCAUUUGAGUCGGCAAGCUUGCUAUUUCCCUCAAGUAUUUUGCUGCAAUCUUUUUUCGGCAGCCAUCUGUCCGUGCAGGUGGCCAUCUGCCCAGCUUCAGAGCUUGUGGGUGAUGAUCCAUCUAGUGAGUAGUGAGACGACACUGCAACGUUGACUGGAAGAUGCAUAAUCAGCCACCCCACAGUUAGUUUGUGGACUGAACUACUCCAGGUGUAGAAUCUGUGAACCGCGGCAAUCUCUGGGGAUGGGCUCCUCUAGAUCAACGCAAUUGGCGUUGAAACACUCAGUGAAGUGUUCAUGGCCUCACGGUGACUUCAUGAUAUAGUCAACCUUGUUAGACAGUUACCGAAUCACAUAAGACUGCUCCGUAAAGUCACACCGUUUGGGUGUGACCUUGGAGAAAUAAUUCUACAAAUCCCUGGGUUACACAAGCAUAUUUGUAAUGCUUUAUUUAUUCAGUGUAGUUACGGUUUUUCAGACUUAGAAUGGUAUCAGAGCUGGCGCUGUUCUGCCAAUACAAUUUUAUGUUUUCUAAAUGAUAUAUUUGAAACUUUCUUGUUGGAGUUACUUCAACCAUUGUGACAUCAA